AACAUGCGGUGCAGUUAACCUCAACAUUUGAAUUUCAAGAAUGAACACUCACUUUAUAAAUUUAAUAAAAAUUGUUAAAACCACAGUUAUUCCUAAAGCCAACUCCGCUUUUAGAAACAUCUUCAGUGAAAAGUAUCUGCUGUAUACAAACAUCGGGUUGUCUGCAACGUUGUCAGGUGUGGGUGACUGUUUGGAACAAUAUCAUGAAGUCCUGAGGUACAAUACAGAAAGUUGGGAUAAAAUUCGAACCCGAAAUAUGUCAAUAUUUGGAGUUAGUGCUGGCAUAUUUUGCCACCAUUGGUAUAUCUAUUUAGACCGUCGAUUACCAGAUUGUACUGUGCGAGCUGUAAUAAAAAAAGUCAUAAUCGAUCAGUUUGUUAGUUCACCUGUUUGUAUAGUGAUGUUAUUUCUUACUACGGCGGUUUUGGAAGAACAAUCGAAAAGUGAAUUGUGGACGGAGAUGAAGGACAAAGCGUGGAAACUGUAUGCAGCUGAAUGGGUGAUAUGGCCAGCAGCACAAUAUAUAAAUUUUCAGUUCCUGCCAACGAGGUAUAGGGUGCUAUAUGACAACUUAGUUUCUGUAGGAUAUGAUACAUAUACAUCGUACAUAAAGUAUAUCGAUAAGAUAUCAGAAAAAAAUGAAUGUGACAACAAAUCCUAGUAAAAUAUGACCAAUUAAUUGGUAUGUAAGUUCAAAAGUCCACAGAACAAUAAAUGUAUAUUUUUUACGUUCAAAUGCAGUAUUGAAUUAAGCGAA